UCGAUGGACGGAGGCCACUUCCGGGAUCGUGAUGGCGGCCAACGCGACUACCAACCCGUCGCAGCUCUUGCCGCUAGAGCUGGUGGACAAAUGUAUAGGAUCAAGAAUUCACAUUGUCAUGAAGAGUGAUAAGGAAAUUGUUGGCACUCUUUUAGGGUUUGAUGACUUUGUCAAUAUGGUGCUGGAAGAUGUCACUGAAUUUGAGAUCACGCCAGAAGGAAGACGGAUUACUAAAUUAGAUCAAAUCUUACUAAAUGGAAAUAAUAUAACCAUGCUAGUUCCUGGAGGAGAGGGACCAGAAGUAUGAGUGGAUUUUCGUAUAGAUUCCGUUUUGUCUUAUAAUGGCACGAAAAUAGAUUUUGUUUUAACUUUUUAAUGUUUAGAUUCUAUAAAGCUAAGUUUCCCGUUAAAGGGAAAUACUGUGAAGAUGUAUCAUAUACAUAUUUUUCUGGUUUCUCUUCAGAUCGUAUAAAUCUUUUGCCUUUUACUAAGUUAAUCAUGAUUAU